AUGGCUACUAUCUCACGAUAUCAUACGACACCAACUGGGACAAACAUUCAUUUCACCGAGACCGGCAACCCAAACGGUCCUCUAAUCGUUCUCCUCCACGGACUCGGCAGUUCAACGGAAACAUUCACUCCUUUACUUCCUCAUCUCCAUCCAGAAGACUACAGAAUUGUAUCUAUCGACCUAGAAGGGUUCGGAAAGACCCCCUUAUCCUCACCAGACGUCACCCUCUCGAUUGCCCGCUAUGUCAACGACCUGGAAUCUCUCAUCGCAUCUCUGCAAGAUCCCGCGAAAAGAAGUCUGGUGCUCAUCGGACACAGCAUGGGCGGGACCAUCGCAACGCACUACGCCGCUCGACACCCAGAGCAAAUGCGCGGCCUGGCGCUCCUCGGAACCGGACGCUCAAUCGCCAACAUCCCCGCCGCGCGAGAACGCAUGCUAGGACUAGCCGCAAAGAUACGAGCAGAGGGCAUCGGAGCAGCCGCAGAUAUAGCCGCAAUGUCAAACUUCCCGAUGAUGGAUAAAGUAAACCCGAGACUACGCGAUAUCGUCCGAGAAACAGUGGCAAAGAGCGAGGUCGAGGGCUACGCAAAGGCGUGCGAAGCGAUCGCGAGUCUGGACCACGUUGAUCCGGACUACAGUCGUAUCGGUGCGCCUACGAUGCUGAUUGUUGGGAGUGGGGAUGUCAUAUCUCCCCCGGAACGAUCUUUUGGAGUCAAGGAAGUGAUGGGAGAGAAUGCGUGGGUGGCGGUGCUGGAGGGGGUUGGGCAUCAGAUGGUUCUGCAGGACUUGGAGGGUUGUGUGCAGGCUUUCGAGGGUUUCUUUCAGAGAAUCAGAUGCUGA